CUAAGCUCAUGAGUCAAACAUGUUUGCUUCUGGUAGCGCCUACAAACCCGUGAGCCAUGUCAUUUUCGAUAUGGAUGGACUGUUAUUAGACACAGAGCGUCUGUACACUGUGUCCUUCCAGCAAGUCUGUGAGCGCUUCGGAAAGCAGUACACUUGGGACGUGAAGGCGACGGUGAUGGGUAAAAAGGCUCUGGAUGGUGCCCGGAUGAUCCGGGACGCUCUGGAGCUUCCCCUGACAGCCGAGGAACUCCUCGCUGAAACCAGGCUGAUACAGGACAGGAUCUUCCCCUCUGCCAAGCUCAUGCCAGGUGUGGAGAAACUGGUGCACCACCUCCGAAAGCACGGUAUCCCCAUCGCGGUGGCCACCAGCUCCGCCGGUGCCACGUUCAAGUUGAAGACCAGCCAACACCAGGACUUCUUCGGCCUGUUUGACCACAUCGUUGUGGGCGAUGAUCCCGAGGUGAAGAACAGCAAACCUCAACCCGACUCCUUCCUGGUCUGUGCCAGAAGAUUCAACCCUCCAGCUUCUCCAGAGAAGUGCUUGGUGUUUGAAGACGCUCCCAACGGCGUGAAGGCGGCACGGGCCGCGGGGAUGCAUGUGGUGAUGAUUCCCGACGACAACCUGGACCCGGGCCUCACCCGGGAGGCCACGCUGCGACUUGGGAGCAUGGAGGCGUUUGAGCCGACGCUCUUUGACCUGCCGGCCUUCGACUGAGCCACAAUCUCCACCUCAAACCGCCCCGCGUGCAAAGGAAACCAUGACGGAGUGAGAGGGAUUAGCAGCAUACCUGAACAUGUUGUGUGUGGACAUUGAUGAUGUUUUUGUCGUAGCCAGUCAAUUACAUGUCGUUGUUUUCUGUCAGAUGAGACGUCACAACAAUGGACGAUGUCACACAUUUUAUAUUAUUAAACCCUUGUGUUUACGGACAUGAGCUUAAUAGAUUAAUAGAUUUCUGCUACGAAGCAGGAACACACUGUGGAUCAGUCAGACACUGUCCUUGUUCCACAUUGUGUUUAAGCGGUCUUAUUGAAAUGCUAAAGACUCGACUCCUCUCCUCAGUGUAAUCCUGUCCUCACCCUUUCAUCUCCGCUCAUGUCCGCCUCAACACUUACUGCUAUUCACGUGUCCCCCCCGUCCCCCCCCCGUCCUUUCGCCAUGCGGGCUUUACCGGAGGCCCGCUGGAGGAGCCCGGUGCCUCGGAUCCUCUCACGCAGCUGAAAUAGGAUUUCACUGCACUUCCAUUCCACUUCCCCUCCUUGGCAUCUUGGCCUUUCAUCCUCAAGGAGGGUAGUCUCCUAAGCCCCCCCCCCCCCUCCUGCUCCAAUCACUGUGUAGUUCCAUUUUCCCCUCUCCUGGCCUAAAACGUGUGUGCGCCUUUCGGUCGUACCACAGAGGGAUUGUAGAGUUAAGGUGGAUGAUAGAUGUUGGAAUCAAAUAACGCUCCAAAAGGACUUCAUCCACACGGUGUAACAGCAUUUUGUCAGAUGUGUAAAUUAGUUACGUAUUCAUUAUCAAAUAAAGAAAUCCAUAACACAA